GAACGCAGUCAAAAUAGGCAGAUCUACCCAAAAGUUGAUAGAUAUGACAACACUGAUUCCAAUGUCAAAAAAUGACGUAACGUAACAUACUGACUGGUCUAACCUUGACCAUAGAUAGAUUUGUAGUGAUGCAAUGUAAAGAUUUUUUUUAAUAUUAUAUAAAUUACCUGCCAGUCCGCAAGUUCAUAAUUAGAAUCAUGGCAAACUCACGCCCUGUUUUCAAUUAUAAUGAUGAAUCUCAGUCGGAGAAAUUGGCCAGGAAGUCUAAGGAUUCUCCCUUCAUGAUUAUAGGUAUCUUAGGACUGAUUGGCGUUUGUGGCGUGGGGGCUUAUAAAUUCAAAACUCGAGGUAAAAUGAGUACAAGUGUAUUCCUCAUGCAGUUGCGAGUAGCCGCCCAGGGGACCGUGGUGUCUUGUCUGACCAUAGGUGUGGCAUACACAUUAGCCAAGCAACAUCUAUUUAAGGAUACUAAAAAAGAUGAAUAAAUACAAACAAACAUUGCUAAGCUUUCCUUGUUAGUUUAGACUGUGGACUUAACAACUAGAUGGCUAUUCAUAAAAUCAGUUUUGUAACAAGUAACUGUCUAUUUGUUUUGUGACACACUUUUAUUGCUGAAUGUACUUCUUAUUUGUAUGUCUGAUGGGUCGAGUACCGGUAUUUCCUUCAUACAAUUAACCGGUUAAUGAUUUCGGUUAAUCGUAAACCGUGACUUUUUUGUUCUUUAAAUCAUUCAUUUUAUAGAUUGAGGCUAAUAAACACACAUAUUAAAAUAAAAAUAGAAAGGUGUUAAGUAUUUCAGAAAGAUAUUCCAAAAAUGUUAAAUACCGGUUACGACUCCUGCUUCUAAUAAGCCUUAACUCGUUGUGUUUGUGUUUUUCAUUGAGGAGUUCCUUUGGCUACCUUCCGACUGUAUGUAUAGUCUUCAGAUCAACUCCAUGGUAGCAUAUUAUUGUAUUGUAACCAGCAUUAUAAUAGUACUCCAAAUUUCAAUUGAAUGAGAUACCGGGAACUGGUUCCAUUUUUUGUUACAGGAUUUGAAGCACAGAUACACAGCUAAAUAACAAAUGCUAGGGAUAUAUUAUACACCCACUUUUUAUAGGACAAUAAAUCUAAAUGAAUUUAUUAUUGACAUACAAAUCAUCUAUGGCACAAGAAUGAGUUGUUACAAUGGGGUUGGCCGGUCGAAGUAUUAAACAGAUGGCGCCAUCAUAGCUUGCCCUGUCAAUCCCUAGAAUUGUGUCAAAUUCUUGUUUUUUUUGUGGAAUUUUGUGACCUGGAUUCCAGUACUUUAAGCCAAAUCUCAUAGAACAAAACUAGAGACAGGGGCAAGCUAUGAUGGCGCCAUCUAUGCAAACCUUUGACAGUUGCCAACCCCAUUCAGUUGUUCCUUUAGUUUGUACCUAAUCCUACAGUCUGUUGUACACCUGUUACUCGAGUUUUGUUGUAGAUCUGAAUGAAACAGUACUAGAAUAAUUAGCUAGUAUUUAAGGCGUUAUUGUUUUUGUUACAUUAUACUUACGUUAUGUGGCAUAAUUAACUGUAUAGAAUGUCAUUUGAAACAAAAUGUAGAUAUACAAAUGAGAUGUUCCAAAUUUCCUAGAAAAUUUUCAAGCAAUAUUUUAGAAUAUUAUUCAAUGGUCAUCAUUCACAUUACGCAUUUGAAAAUAAUAAUAACUUUUGGCAAUUGAAUGCACUUGACCAAGAAUUUCAAUAGUUUUGACCUAUAUCCAAAAACUAAAAUGGCCGGUAGUUUGGAGUGUGACAGUGUGUAUUGAUAUUAUGAAGUUUUCUCUGAGCUGUAACUUAGGAUGUACAAAUACACAUUGGACCAAGAAAUUGGACAGGUGGAAUACCACCCUAAGGGCAUGCUCCUGAUUCUAUCAAAUUCCGGAUUUUCAUAUUAAAUUCCCGUUCAUCCAGUACCUGGAGCAUACCGUAGCUGUAACAUCAUCUGACCAUGAUUACCAUGUGGGAAGGAAGAUUCUUUCCCAUGACCAGGUUCCCUUGGCCUAGUCGAAAAAUUAAUUGCACAAACUUAAUUUAAAUAUGUCAGAUCAUUUUACCCAGACAGGCAAGGAGAGGACUGUAUCCAAUAUCUUUUUUUAAUUGAUUCCAGCAAAAUUUCAAACUUUAAUCAUUUCAAUUUUGAACCAAAUUAUAUGGGGCUUUGACGUUUUGUAGCCUUAAUUGCAAUGUACCUAUUUAUUUUGGUGAACUCAAAUACCUAACAUAAACAAUGUUGUUAUUGUGUAGAUUAACUGUGAUGAUCUAGAUUAAAGUUACUUAAUUAGUGAUCUGUUUUUCGAUUAAAAUGGGUCUAUGUGAUUAAAUACUAGUCCUUUAGAUAUAAGAAAUCUCGAUCACUGAUCUCUUCUAUGAAUAAAGUGACCGUGAAAUUUAUUUGACCAUUGUAAAUCCACCUUUGAAAACACCUAUUCGGUAGGUGGUUAAAUUAAAACUUGAGCUCAUGUAAUGCUGCUAAACUCCUUUUUGAGGUUGUAACUUGUGUGUGUGAGGGCACAUCAAUACGCAGUUAUGGCUGCAACCACGGUGGCGGUAGUCCUUAACCUUUUAACCGCCACAUUCGGCUUUGGCCGUCAUCGGAAUGUCUUGCCAACGACGGCUACAGCAGACAGCUUCGCCAAUGCAAUAGGGACUUCCGCGGGACUUCAUAAAGUUCAGUUUUCUUUGCCGUCUGGUGUUCAAAAGGUUAACCUCCGCGGUUUCGACCAAGAGUGUAUGUCGUCUAAGGCACCUCCUUCUAACGCAUCUUAUCUUAUUUAUUUUGACCUCAUAACUAAAAUAUUGGUCUAAAAUAGUCAAAUCAAGGCCAUGCAUACAUUGCGCUCGACCAAAUGUAUGAACGGCCUUGAUUUGCUGCUCGCCGCUUCGCCGUCACGUGCGUCCAGGCCGUGCCUAAGCGUAGACAUAGUAACUCUCCUCCAAAAAACGUGCUGAGCGAAACUAAAGAAAGAAGUAGGUCCCCUGAUUAUGACAAGUUGACAUCUGUAAAAAACAACUCAUUUUGAACCUGUUACGGUUUACAUGUUAAUGUCACCCUUAAUUUGUAAAUGAACAAAUAUAGAUUGGAUGAUUGAAACCAAAUAA